AUGUCCAUCUUGACAUUCCAUUGUCGCCUUCUGCGUUGUGUUUCCAGGUGCUUCAAGGCCACGACCAUCAGCUAUCCAGCCACAAGAAAUGACUAUACAAAACUUGAGAGACAUGACGACCCUCAGACAGAAAAUACGAACACGAAAAGGACAAUCAUCCUCGAUCUUGAUGAAACGUUGGUUCACUCGACGACGCAAGUGCCAGGAGUUAGAUAUGAUUUCAUGGUGAUGGUGAAAAUGGAAACGGAGAUUAUGCCAAUCUUUGUGGUGAAACGUCCCGGUGUGACUGAAUUCUUGGAAAGACUUGGUGAAAGCUACAAAGUGGCAGUCUUCACAGCUGGUCUGGAAGAUUAUGCUUCACAGGUUUUGGACAAGCUAGACAAGAACGGUGUGAUCUCACAGAGGCUAUAUCGAGACUCAUGCACGGAAGUGAAUGGGAAAUAUGUAAAGGACUUAUCUUUGGUAGUGGGGAAAGACCUCGGAAAUGCUUUGAUUGUUGAUGACAAUCCAUCUUCUUACUCAUUACAGCCAGAGAAUGGAGUGCCUAUAAAGGCUUUUGUGGAUGACCUGAAAGAUCAAGAACUCCUGAAACUCGUGGAAUUCCUCGAAAUCUGUGACGUUUAUGAGGAUAUGAGGGAUGCAGUCCAGGAUUUGUUGGGAAACCAGCUGAUAUAA